AAAGAGCACCUGGUGAUAAUCUUGGUGCGUUUGCUAUAGUUGGAAAGACUGGCGUGCUAGCAAUGCACAUUUCAUUAGCCAACCACAAUACUGUUAUAAUGAUCGAUAAAAAUGAAAAUAAUCCCUUGAAAUCAGCAGACGGUGGAUCGACUGGAGGAACAGGUCUUAAUAAUGCAAAAUUGAAUAAUCCUACCUAUGAAAUAUGGUCAAGUAAUGACACUGUAGGACCCGCACAACUUCCACUUGCAUUCUUGGCAGACACAUUACCAUUCAAUUUAUAUCCAAUAGUUCACAUAGUUCCAAAUGAAGCAAAGAAAAAUCUUAUCUUUGUAUUUGCCAAUAAGAAAUCCAUUAUUUAUGAUUUAGAUACUGCAACGGUAGUUAAAGCACUUCCUGAUUUAGUCGGUGAAUCACCACGUGUCUACCCAUUGACCGGUACCUCCGUGUUUCUACCAUUGAAACUGGCUUCAACAUACAAAACUGAAAUUAUGAUCUGUGGUGGUGGAACUGCUCAAGUGCCAAAUGCACCUGCUGAUUCAACAUGUGGUAGAAUGGAUAUUUUGGCUCAGAAUCCUGUUUGGGAAAUGGAUAAUUUCGGUGGUAUAGGUCGUGUUUUGCCCGAUGCUGUUAUAUUACCUGAUGCAAAAGUUUUGUUCUUAAAUGGUGGUGGUGUAGGUUUCGCUGGUUUCAGAAAAGAGAUUGGUUUUCUUGGAAUGUCUGUCGCACACUCAAUGAAUGAAAGAGCUGAUGAUCCAACUCUAGGAACGUGGGAGUUAUAUGGAUUAUCUGGUGUCUCUGCAAUGCACAUGGCGGUUUUAUCAUCGACUAAAAUUUUAUUUAUUGAUAAAGUCGAAGCAAAUGAAUUAAAACAAUCCGAUGGCUUAUCUGCUAUUGCUGCAGAAUUCGAUCUAACAACAAAAAAUGUUCGUGCGAUUGAUCUGGCCACUAAUACUUUUUGUUCUGCGGGUUCAUGGUAUAGUAAUGGUUCAUUGAUAUCAGAUGGUGGUGGUCAACCUGGUAAUAACUUUAAAGACGGUGGUAACACCAUUAGAAUUUAUGAUCCUUUUGUUGGUACUAUGUACGAAAAAAUUAAUUUCAUGACAAAUUAUAGAUGGUACCCUACUAUGGCUACAAUGCCAGAUGGAAGAGUAAUGACAAUGGGUGGUUCCAAAAAAGCAACCGGUCCUAACAGAGCUGAAAUCAAUUCUCCUAGUUAUGAAUUCUUUCCAACUGCUGAUGGUUCACCAGCUGUGCCACUCAAUUUCCAAUUUUUGGUUGAUACUAUACUUGUUGAUUUAGAUACUACCACAACUUUGAAAACUUAUCCUGACAUGCCUGGAGUUUCUCCACGUGUAUAUCCCUUGACUGGUACUUCAGUCUUGUUGCCAUUAAGACCAGCUACAAAUUAUGCUGCAGAAAUAAUGGUAUGUGGUGGUGGAACUGGGGCUACUCCGCUUUCUCCUGCUGAUGCUUCAUGUGGUAGAUUAAAUUUAAGUGUAGAUACUCCAGCAUGGGUAAUGGAUGAUUUUGGUGGUCAAGCAAGAGUUAUGCCGGAUGUUGUUAUUACAUCUGAAGGAAAUCUUUUGUUUUUUAAUGGCGGUGCUACAGGAUAUGCCGGAUUUCACAAAGGAAAACCAGAAAAUCCAUUAUAUAUUUGUAAUGACCCAGUUUAUGCACCUUCAUUUUAUGAUGUUACUGCAAAAACAUACAAAAAACUUGCACCAUCCACAAUUUCAAGAAUGUAUCACUCAGUUGCAUCUUUAUUAGGUGACGGUAGAAUAAUAAUUGCUGGAAGUAAUCCACAACCAAAUAUUGAAGUUGGAUCAACAUACCCAACAGAACCCUCCAUUCUAACCGUAGCUGGAUAUAACUUGAAUUCUGUAACGCUUUUAGCACAUUAUAAACAAUCAUUAGAAAUCACCUUUAAGUUAACAGUCACCAACUUCCAACAAACAUUACUUACCGCUUCAAUAAUUCAUUUUGGUUUUGUCACACAUUCUCAACACAUGUCGCAAAGAUACGUUGAACUGGCUAUAACACUUGUUCAACCACCUGCAACAGCUGAUUCAAAUGUUUACAAGAUUACGGUUGAUAUGCCUCCAGAUCAAACCAUCUUCCCGCCUGCACCGUCUUUCCUCGCUUUGCUUUAUGAUGGAAUGAAAAAGCAUCCAAUUACAGAGUACAUUGAAACAUUGAUUACUCCAGAAUCUGAAUAUCGAAGACGUAAUUUAGAACAUUUAUAUUUUGCUGUUGAACAAUCAAAAGACAAUCAAUUUGAAAAUCACAGUCCAUUCCUUAAUGAACCUGGGACAGAUGUCGAUUUAUCUGAUUUAGUUAUUAGAUCAGAUUGA